CCGUUUUCAUUCCAUUUCACGUGUUUACGACUUUUUUCGGUCCGAAAUACCGACCGAGUCGGGAGCUUGUGUUAUGAAAUCGAGCAAGAAAAUACACACAUCGAAGCUGCACAGGUGACUCCCACGUUUGUCGCGAUUUGUAAGUAAACAGUGGGUCUUUUUCGUUGUGCGUUUUCGCGAAAAGUGAACGACCAUGUCGAUACACACGGGCCAAACGUCGGAAAGCGAUGCGUGGGCCCUUCUGGCCCUAAAAUCGGCCCCGGCCAGUCCGGCGAAGCUACAAUGGAGCCCCGAGGACAGGGGGGACGUGAUAGCCCGCAUAGAAGCCCGAGAAUUCGAAUAUUUGGUCCGGCAGAACCGGAUAGUGAUCGGUAGGAACAGUUCACGUGGUGAUGUCGAUGUAAAUAUGGGACAUUCGAGUUUUAUUUCUCGUAGACAUUUAGAAGUGAUUUUCGAUCACCCGUUCUUUUAUUUGAGCUGUAACGGAAAGAAUGGAGUGUUCAUCGACGGCGUUUUCCAAAGGAAAGGGGCCCCAGCAAUUAGACUGCCCAAGACAUGUACUCUACGGUUUCCAAGUACCAAUAUCCGCCUAUCGUUCCACUCGCUGGUCGACGACGGCUUGGACUCGGCGCCCAACAUCCGAGAAGUGUCGCCGGUGCCCAUCAGGGAGCGUACAGGAGGAGGUAGCUCUUCAGGCGGCGCAAUGCACCCCCUGCGCAUCAACAUACCGGAAGGCGAGUUUGGCAGUCCAUUUGGGUCGCCCACCGGUACUAUUAGCGCGGCAAACAGUUGCCCGGUCAGUCCCAGAGCUCACCAUGGUGGGAGUCAUAGCAAGAGGAAUGUACAAGCGGACUUACAAAUGGUUGCUGCGUAUGCUGCAGCUCAAGUUAGAGGAGAUGAACAGCAUGUUUCGCAGAGCCAUAGUCCUGAAUAUAGACAUCCUACUUCAAAUGGGAAUUCGGCCCCCUCUGUAGUAAUAAACGACGGAAAUUACGUGGCAAGCGGAAGCGGCAAGGACGACUCCAAGCCACCCUUUUCCUAUGCCCAGCUUAUUGUACAAGCGAUAGCCAGUGCCCACGACAAGCAACUGACCCUCUCAGGAAUCUAUAGUUAUAUAACCAAAAACUAUCCCUACUACAGGACAGCGGAUAAGGGCUGGCAAAAUUCUAUUAGACAUAAUCUUAGUCUGAAUAGGUAUUUUAUUAAGGUUCCUAGGAGCCAAGAAGAGCCUGGUAAAGGUUCAUUUUGGAGGAUCGACCCUCAAUCAGAGUCUAAGCUUAUAGAGCAGGCUUUCAGACGCAGGCGACAAAGGGGGGUUUCAUGUUUCAGGGCUCCCUUUGGUUUAAGUUCGAGGAGUGCACCGGCUUCCCCAUCUCACCUGGGCAUCUCGGACGUCAUGACACCGGAUUCGCUGUCCCGCGAAGGUUCCCCAUCUCUGGAACACGGUCUCGACGUCAGCCAAUCAGCGCCAGGCAGCCCUGGAUCUUCUUCAGCGGCCCGUGCCGGUUCCGGCGGGAUGAUUGGGCACCAGCAAAUGUCUGCGCUGGUCGGAGCCACCAAAGCUCGUCUGAUGAUGCCCCAGCACCAUCAGGACCAGUAUUUGGAGCAGCAGGUUAUCGAGAGACCGUCGUCCAAUGGACAACAGGAAUAUAGAGAAGAAAAGUUUCUGCCAGGAACAUUGGAAGAACGUUCAAUGUCGCCUGCAUCCUUUUCACCACAGCCUGUUAUUGUGCAAGCUGCAAAUUACUCACCAUAUAGUGGCAAUAACAGUUAUAUAGGAUUAGACAUUAAAAGACACUUGGAAGAGCAAAGCGUGGGCAGCCCGUCGAGUUCCGGCGAAAUGGACGGUCCGGAGAUCAAGCGGCAACGUCUUUUGGAGCCCAAAUACGAGACAGAAUAGAUCUCCUUUAUUAUUUAUAACGUUAAACAUCUGUAGUUUUCGCCCAAAGAUACUGAAAUGGUCUCAGAAUCUACGGCUAUAGUAUCAUUCAAAAUUUGAUUCCUACUUUUCAUGGUUCAGAAAUAAAAAAAUUCAGUUUAGAUUUUGAGACCAUUUGUUCCCAGAUCAGCAAAGUUAACAGUAUGUAUGCAAAAGUUUCCUAAUAGUAGUUAUUAUUAUUUGUCCCUCUCCUUUCUAAUCACAGCACACAAUAAAUGCGAUGUUGCCACUGCUAUUAAAACAUAUAGGAUCUUUAGUUCAGAUGUUGCUUUUUAGACUUCUUUUGACGCAAGGUAUUUGUUUCAUUUAGAUAAUUGUGGUACGGCAAUAAAACUGACGUAUUUAUUGUAAGGGAUCAAGAAAUAAUUGUAACAGCGGUACCGAGUUUUUUUAGGUAGUUUCUCAAAGAGUUAACUGAUAAAUAGGUAAAUUGGAGCUGAAUCCGCAUCAAUUUGCACGACGUUAGUCUUUAAACUUUUUACAGAAUGCUUUUUUAAUUAGAACAACUUUGUACAUAAUUUAUAAACUUGUGAAAGAUUAGCACAAAAUUUAGGUAAAUAAUUUUCCAAAUCCGUGCAAUAUUUUCAAUUAUUAUUUUGGUGUGUUAUUUGGAAAAUUUUAAAUAUACUUCUUUGUUAGUAUUAACUGGAAACUGUAUGUAAUUAGGUGCCUUGGUUCAAAUUUAAAUAAAAUACAGAACCUUUUGUCUGACGCAUUAUGAAUUCAUUCUUAUAGGAAUCAUGUGAUCUAGAAUUGAUGUAGUUCCAGGGUUAAAUGAAUUUUAGUUAAUUUAGACGCAUUUUUUUCCCAAGUGUUUUUUUAUUAAGUUACUUUAUUUUGGUAGAAUAGUUUUUUUGCAUGAUUGAAACGUAUACAUUUUGUAAAUAAUGUUAAAUGGUUUUGUCAAAAAAAAAAAAUUAGCAAAAUUGUAAAAAAAAAUAAUGUGGAAGUACAAAACUCGCACCAAAAAACAAAAAAAAACUUGGUAACAUCCAUUUAUCUACAAUCUACACAGGGUGUCUCGAUAAUAGAAUAAUUGUUAUUUUCUAUAAUAGAGCGUCUUGUAGUGGAUAAUAAUAAUAAAUAAAUAAUUUUAAGGAUGCUAGAUCGGGAGCACUUUUGUCCUUAGAAGUAAUUUUGUGCCGCUGACAUGGCUGAAAUCAUUCAGAUUGAUUCUUUCAAUAUUUGUGUCUCUAUAUUAUCCUUAAUAAUUGUAAAUAAGCAGUUCUUACAAUACAGGUGUAAAAGCUGUUUGUACUCAUCCCCAACAUUUUUUCUGGACUAUGAAAUGGUCUUUUACUACAGUUAGUUAUGAUGUAUACAAACUUAUUAAAUGUAGGGUAAAAAUAAAAAAAAGAAAUAAACAAGUAUAAUAAUUGCUGUGAAAUGUUAAGUUAUUUUUAUCCAUCCCCAUGUGAAAUUGGUAAUAAACUUGUAACCUUCUAUAAACCCAUCUGGAAACUUCCAAAAUGGAAAAGUUCGUAGCUCCUGCUAGAAUUACAAGUAAAAUAUCUACCUAUGGAUUUUAUUGUUUGAUUGAUUUUCCACGACUGCUAGCAGCAUCAUCUAGGAAGCAGCAGCAAAACUACUGCUGUUCAGAAUAGAAGUUUCAGGAAAAUAAAAAGAUCUAAGACUGAAAUGAAAGUCCUUACGUGUAACAAAACAAUAAUUUUAUUUGUUAAUGUUCAAUUUUACAUUUUUUUAUAAAAUUUUUGAAUUUAUUUAACGAAGUUGUACUUUUCUUUAUUCUACUUAAUUUAUUUAUGCAGGAUGGCCAAGUACAUAAUUCAUUAUAUUAGUAGGUUGGAAUGGGAAAAUAUGUUUUUUUUUUUUUGAAAAAUCAAUUUUUUUAUUUAAAACUACUAACUUUAUAAAUAAGUAUAAUAAAUUAAUGUUUAUUUUAAAUCAUUCACUCUUUUGUAGGAGAUUCCACCUUGCACCCUAAUGCCUAUAUGGUUUGUUUUCUUUGCAUAAUUUGAUUUAAUAAAUAGUGGAAGAAUACAUACUGUCAUGAAAGUGAACUUUCUCUCUAACGUUAUCAGUCUUUAUUAUAAAGAAAAACUUAAAAACUACAAUUUUUCUAAUGCAAAGUUUCACUUGCAUGACAGUACUGGGAUACACAAAUUAAUAUAAUGAACACAAUUUAGCUGAUUUUGACUGUUUAAUUAUUAUUGUACAAAUUACAACAUAAAAAAAUAAAAAUUUGGUGCAAAUCUCUUGUCUCACACAAAUUCUAUUUGGUUGGAUUCAGGUUUAGGGAGAGAACAUUUAUUUUUAUUCUAGGAUGUCUUUAUGUUUUAGGAAUGUUUUGUAAACGCUCUCUCGAUCUUUAAUAAACUAAUUUUGUACAGGAGAAGAGUGGGUUGCUUUAUCGGACUAUUACAGAGAGCACUGUGAGAACUAAUAUGGCUAAUAACGAAUUAUUUUCUAUUGUGUUCGAUGACGAGGACACUAGUCCGCACUCUCUAUGGCCGUAGUUUUGACAAUGGA